CGAAACUACGUUUUGUUUAUAAAAGUGAGGACUUUGCUUACUAUAAAGGAGGUACGUGCUUACUCUCGAUUAUGUGUUUAUAGUGUAUGGUGUGAUGUGAUUUGUGUUAUCAGUUGCGCCUUAGGAGCAGUGAUCUCGUAAGUAUUAUUUCGUCUUCUUCAUACGUUCAUUGACUUCUAAUACGUGCAAAAAUCCUUCAUCAUUUGUUUUUAUUAAUGGGUUCUCUUCUCUUGAGUGACAUAGUGGGGAUCAAAUCUUCAUUAGUAAUCGAACUGCAACCAUGGAAAGUGGACGAUCCUCUGCUGAUACUUGGCAAUAUGACGACUUUUUAGCAGGAAGAAUUCCACCUCAAUGUCCAACUAAAUUAGGCCAAUUUUUGGACAAAAUCCUGCUGAUUUCAGUAGAUUUAGGCCACAGCUUGGGAGUGUGGCAAGCACUGAGAGAUUUGUGUCAAAAUAUGGAGCAGGCGAAUCGGAAAAAGGGUCGUCCUAGUCGAAAAGAGUUGGAGCAAAGGAAUCGGACGACUCAGUUCGAUGAAGUUACUAAAGAAAUCCUCAGCGUCAAUGCAGAGUUGGCGGAUGUAAUUUCAUUGAUAACUUGUCCAGAUCGUCUUCCAAAUUGUUGGUGUGGAAAGUGCCGACUUGGUGAACGAGAAAUUCCUGAUGAAGUAGCAGAUAUUGCGGCGAUACCUGGCCCCAGUACUGCUACCGAUAUGCAGGAAUUUUUUGAAGUCGAAGUGAAAGACGAGCCAAUAGACGAGCUUCCACAAUUUUUUCAAGUUUUUGUGGAGGAUUUUGAAGAGAAUUUUUUCGUGGAGGAAAAAGACCCUCUUCAAAUAGACUGUUAGUUUAAGUGUUUAGUGUUAGUGAUUAUCUUUUAGUCUAU